UCAUUGUUGUGAACUCUCCUAAGAAGCCAGUUGAAAGCAAGUCACUGACAGCUGGUAAAAUAAUUGUAGGUUUUGAGGAGGAGACAAAUUGGAUAAUUAGUAAGCUCAUCAGCAAACCGAAAGAUCUUGAUGUCAUCUCAAUCACUGGUAUGCCGGGAUCGGGCAAAACAACUUUGGCAUCCAAAGUAUACAAUGAUGAAUCAGUUUGUAGUCAUUUUGACCUUCGUGCAUGGUGUACAUUUGACCAAGAAUAUGACGAGAAGAAGUUGCUGGUGACACUUUUUAAUCUAGUUACUGGCUCGGAUUUAAAGUUCUGCGAGGAUAUUGAUGUUGCCGACAAGCUGCGGAGAAAAUUGCAUGGAAAGAGGUACCUAAUUGUGUUAGAUGAUGUGUGGGAUACUACUACAUGGGAUGAGUUGACCAGACCUUUUCCUAAAGUUGAGAAAGGAAGUAGAAUUAUAUUGACAACUCGAGAAAAGAAAGUGGCUUUUCAUGGAAAGUGCAACACUGAUCCUCAUAACCUUCGAUUGCUAAGACCAGAAGAAAGUUGGGAGUUAUUAGAGAAAAGGGAAUUUGGAAAGGAUUGUUGCCCCGAUGAAUUAUUGGAUGUUGGAAAAGAAAAAGACGAAAACAAACACAAUUAAAUCGUCUCAAAUGAUGGUGUGUCUUCAAAGUGAAAGAAAUCUCCCCUAUAAAUAGGAGGAGGUUCUUGAGAGAAAAUAAACAGCUCAAAAUAAUCUCAUGAUAAAUGAUAAUUAAAAAAAUUCUUGAGAGAUUUACAAUGUAUCAUUUAUCAUGAGAUUUUCAAGAGAUUUUGAAUAAAACAUUAGCUAAAAAUUAUGGCCACAUUACAAAUUAUUUUAAGUUCUUUUCAAAAGUCCAAUUGCUAGAAAAAUAUAUGCCUUGAGUGAUAGAACAUUCGAAGCACCAAAACUGCUGAUAAACCCAACAAUCGUACAAAAUCAAUGUAUAAAUUUUUCCUUCCUGAUAUGAAAUUCAAUACAUGACUUCAAUUUAA